CACUGCUGUUAUCUGAGUAAGCUUUUGACUUAUUUAUAUUUUUAGGUUUCAUUUCCUGGCUUGAUGGGGGGCCUGCUGAGGCCAUUCAUCUUGCUGUAGAGACUGCAUUCUUUGCCCAUGUGACAUCUCCUCUCCACAGUGACAUCUCGAUGGAACAGCAAUUCACACACUCGCAGUUCUCUGACAGGUCCUCCAACAGGUCUGCUUUGGGGCCUCUUGGUACCUGGAGUAGAGCUCCAAUGUUGUUCUGCAUUCUCCCAUGGCGCACUAGCAUUUCAAAAGGUCCUGCUGACCAGGCAGGAGUCAGCAUUGUGCGCAUGAAGGAAUACUUGAUGUUCUGUCAUAAAAGAACUUCACUUGUUUGGAUACAGUUACCCAAAGACAGGGUUUCUCUGUGUAGCUCUGGCUGUCCUGGAACUCACUCUGUAGACCAGGCUGACCUCGAACUCAGAAAUCCGCCUGCCUCUGCCUCCCAGAGUGCUGGCAUUACAGGCAUGCGCCACCACCGCCUGGUGAUUUGACACUUUCAUGUAGUAACAAGAGGCAGAGUUUAAUUUAUGGAAGCCAUGGGCUUAUUGCUUCUAAACAGCACAAAUGAAAUAUGUUCAGCAUAUCUGCACACGUGACUAUGCGACUGGAUUUGCUUAUAGGACAGCAAUGCCAAAUCACUGAACGACUUGAACUGCGUUGUGGGGUUGGUAAGUUGAAUACCUCAAUUCUUUCCAAGGUGAGAGAUAAAGCUAUGGUGAAACUGUGAAAGGAAAGCAGACUUCACAUGAAUCUUUGUCUUUAAUCCUUAACAACACAAACAACAACAAAAUCUCAAACUCCUGGGCACAGCUAUGCCAGGAAGAUCAAAGGGCACUGUGGAGUCUCCUGGUCCAUGGGAUUCCCUGCCCCUGGGAACACUGUUGACUCUCCAGGCUGCACCAGCACCUCACCAUAGGGUGUCUGGAGUCCUCUAAGGAUCUACAAUGCAGAGUCAUGAAAUAGUACAGCACACCUAGCACUCUUCAGCUUCAAGCACUGAUUCCAGCCCUAAGGGGGACUGCAAGCUGUAUCAGAAUCACAGUUCCACUGCACCAACAAUCUGAACUCUUGCAAAAUCAGCAGGACUUGAGAGUUUGAAGACCUUUAAGUGACAGCAUCCAUGUGCCUGAGAUCUAGGGCCCAGAGCAAGCUACCUGGUCCUAAAGGUCAAAUCCAAGGUCAGCUGGGCCUGGUAGUAAAGAUGAGGAUGCAUCCUGCCCAGGAAGACAGGGAGGCUUCAAACAGUGCACUGCAGUUCCCUCAGAAUAUCCACACAUCUCCCCAGCCCACCAAUGCAGAGGAAAUUGAUUUCACGACUGGAGAUGCAGGGGCUUACAGCACUUCUCCUAUGCAGUGCUCAGCCCUGCAUAAAAAUAGCUUCCUGGUGCUUAAAGGGGAACCAAGCAAAGUCAUAGAGAUGUCAACUUCCAAGACUGGGAAGCAUGGUCAUGCCAAGGUACGCCUUGUUGGAAUUGACAUUUUCACUGGCAGAAAACAUGAAGAUAUCUGUCCCUCUACUCACAACAUGGAUGUUCCAAAUAUUAAGAGAAAUGAUUAUCAAGAGUAAGAACAAGUUUAAGAUAAAAUGUAUCAUCCCACUGGAUAACCUGUGGGCUGUGGAUAAUGUGGACCUAGUCAGAAAACAAGCAAACCUGUCCAGCAAGAACCUUUUCCUGCCCACUGGAAAUUUUUUGGCCACCUUUCUGUAAGAGCAACACUCUGGACCAGUAUUCACAGGAAGAUAGCUGUAGAAAUUGUUGGGCAACUUAAUGCUUCCUAAUUCACAGAUCAAGCCAAUUAACCAGGAUGUUUACAAAAUCCAGUUUAGUUUGAUUUUAUACAAGGUGACAAAUCCAACUUUACCCUUCUAUGAUGACCCCAUUUUGUCUAUAAUUUCCACAACAUACAUUUCACAUCUAAGGAUAUACCUUAGUUUUUGAUCUGUGAUGUUCAUCAGGAUUCAAAAAGAUUCAAAAAGACAAAUGGAGGAACAUUGUCUUCUAAGAAGGAUGUGGACAAAACAGAACAAAGCAAAACAUAUCCUCCACUUUCUUUGCUCCAUAAUGUCUGGUAUUAUUUAGGCUUUGAAAAUAAACAAAUUGAUUUUUCUCCAAUAA